GACGGCGAGCUGUUGCAAUGAAAUCCCUCUUUGUGUGUUGUCAACGUAUAUAAGACAUCUCUGCCGCAGUUUCUUUCUUUGGAAUAAUGUCGGCUGAAUAUGAUAAUAGAGACAAUGGCCCAGAGGGCAUGGAGCCAGAUGGGGUCAUCGAGAGCAACUGGAGUCAGAUCACGGACAGUUUUGAUGAGAUGAACCUGCGCGAAGCUCUGCUCAGGGGAAUUUAUGCCUAUGGUUUCGAGAAGCCUUCUGCUAUCCAGCAGAGGGCCAUUAUGCCUUGUAUCAAGGGUUACGAUGUGAUCGCUCAGGCCCAGUCUGGCACUGGGAAGACUGCCACCUUUGCCAUUUCCAUCCUCCAGCAGAUUGAUGUGGAGCUGAAAGGCACUCAGGCUCUGGUCCUGGCUCCCACCAGGGAGCUGGCUCAGCAGAUCCAGAAGGUGGUGCUGGCCCUGGGUGACUACAUGGGAGCCAGUUGCUACGCCUGUAUUGGAGGGACCAACAUCCGCAAUGAAGUCCAGAAGCUGCAGGCUGAAGCCCCUCACAUUGUGGUGGGAACCCCUGGCCGCGUCUUCGACAUGUUAACCCGCAAAAACCUCUCUUCUAAGUACAUCAAAAUGUUUGUGCUGGACGAGGCUGACGAGAUGCUGAGUCGAGGGUUCAAGGACCAGAUCUAUGAGAUCUUCCAGAAACUGGCAAGCAGCACACAGGUUGUCCUACUGUCGGCCACCAUGCCAGCUGACGUGUUGGAGGUCACAAAGAAGUUCAUGCGUGAGCCUGUCAGAAUCCUGGUAAAGAAAGAGGAGCUGACCCUCGAGGGUAUCCGCCAGUUCUACAUCAAUGUGGAGAAAGAGGAGUGGAAGCUGGACACGCUGUGUGACCUGUACGAGACACUGACCAUCACACAAGCGGUCAUCUUCAUCAACACGAGGAGGAAAGUGGAUUGGCUGACUGAGAAGAUGCACGCCAGAGAUUUCACCGUGUCUGCCCUGCACGGUGACAUGGACCAGAAAGAGAGAGACUUGAUCAUGAGGGAGUUCCGCUCUGGCUCCAGUCGAGUCCUCAUCACCACUGACCUGCUGGCCAGAGGUAUUGAUGUCCAGCAGGUGUCCCUAGUCAUCAAUUACGACCUGCCGACCAAUAGAGAAAACUACAUCCACAGGAUUGGUCGAGGUGGUCGUUUCGGCAGGAAGGGAGUAGCCAUCAACAUGAUUACCGACGAUGACAAGCGAACCCUGAGGGACAUUGAGACAUUCUACAACACCACCGUUGAGGAGAUGCCCAUGAAUGUGGCCGAUCUGAUCUAGAAGAACCCACCGCCCAUCUCCACCCCCUCCUCCCCACUUAUUUUAGCAGUCAAAACUUUGUUUCUUAUGCGAUCUGAAUUCUAAGAACUUCCUUUUGCUAAAUUCCACCAUGACUUUACCCUCUACAUUCUAAGGGAAGGAAGAGCACGGCCAUUAUUCCUUCCUAACCUUUGAAAUAGUUUUCUGGCCGUUUUUUUGGAAGGAUGAAUUACUGACCUGCUUCAACUGCUUGCCAUUGUCCGCUACCCCAUAUUGGCACCUAAAUUCUACCUGCAGCUAAUCCCGCUGAUGGUUUACAAACUGAGGACUUUUAACAUCAAACAAGAGUUUGUACCUCGGUCCCACAAGUGCAAAACAUAACCACGUUUCCAAAAGCACACGAACAACAAAGUUGUUUUUAAAAGGACUCUAGCUCUGACUGUUGGCAAAAGCUUAACAUUAAAUUAACGCGGCUCCGUUGAUAAACACGCAUGAUGCUAACAGGAAGAUCAGCAACGCUUUUGUGAAACGCGGCUGUGGUUUGCACCUGCACGGCGUCACCCGGUGCCGCACUGCUCGGUGACUCAACGGUUUAGACUGCAGUCCAGUUUGGACCCAACAAUGAUGUAAAUGAAACGGGACGUGCUGCAUUUGACCAGAUCAGUAUUGAAACAACCUUCAGUGUACUGGAAACAGCCUUUUAACUCACAUCCAUUAUCAUGUUCAGAAGAGGUUUUGGGGCUAGAGUACACAGGGCAUAUUCAAUAAAAAGACCUAUAUAGUAAAAUCCA